AUGACAGUGAGGGAGGCAGGGUGGUGGAGGAGGCAGAGGGUGGAAAAAUAUGUAGGAUUUCAUCCUAGAUUGCCUAUAAUUGUGGCGGAGACUCUUCUUUGUGCUGACCCUCAGAUUGUAUUGCCUCUUUGGUUGGUGCAUAUGUUCAAGAGUGCUCGAAGUGAAAGUACUUGGGGGAUGACUGGCAAUGAAUUGAACUCUGCGUCCUUGUUUCAACUUUAUGUUGAUUAUGGUCGAUACGCAGAAGCUACCAAUCUACUGCUCGAGUACAUCGAAUCCUUUGCAAUGCUGAGACCAACAGACGUUAUUUGUCGGAAAAGGCCAUCUGCAAUUUGGUUGCCCUAUACAGCGAUUGAACGCUUGUGGUGUCAACUCCAGGAAUCAAUUAGAUUAGGUCACAUGAUUGAUCAAUGUGAAAAGCUGAAAAAGUUGUUGCAUGGGGCUCUGCUAAAUCAUCUCAAUCUGGUAAAAGUGGACUCCGAUGAUGUGAAGUCUUCUGCAGCCUAG